GUUGCGGGAGCGAGGCUGGCCUCUUGCCCGGCCGCGGUGACAGUCGCCCGGCGCCCAGGUGGGACACUGAGGGCUGGAGGUCCUGGAAUUCACUCUGUGGGGACAGACCUGAACCCGGGUGAUGGCAAGCCAGGAAGAGGGAACUGCAAGAACAGGAAUGAAGGUACCCGGCAAGGCUACGCAGAGGACCCCUUGACUGGGGCGAUGGAGGGAGGCCCAGCCAUCUGUUGCCCGGACCCCCGAGCAGAGCUGGUGGAACGGGUGGCAGCCAUUGAUGUAGCCCAUUUGGAAGAGGAAGAUGCAGGCCCCGAGCCUGCCAGGAACGGUGUGGACCCUCCGCAGCGGGCCAGGGCUGCCUCUGUGAUCCCUGGCAGUGCAUCAAGACCCCCGCCAGUGCGGCCCAGCCUCUCAGCUAGGAAGUUCUCCCUGCAGGAGCGGCCCGCAGGAAGCUGCCUGGAGGCCCAGGCUGGACCUUAUGCCACGGGGCCUGCCAGCCACAUCUCUCCCCGGGCCUGGCGGAGGCCCACCAUUGAGUCCCACCAUGUGGCCAUCUCAGAUGCAGAGGACUGUGUGCAGCUGAACCAGUACAAGCUGCAGAGUGAGAUUGGCAAGGGUGCCUAUGGUGUGGUGAGACUGGCCUACAAUGAGAGUGAAGAUAGACACUACGCAAUGAAGGUUCUUUCCAAAAAGAAGUUACUGAAGCAGUAUGGUUUUCCACGUCGCCCUCCCCCAAGAGGGUCCCAGGCUGCCCAAGGAGGGCCAGCCAAGCAGCUGCUGCCCCUAGAGCGGGUCUACCAGGAGAUUGCCAUCCUGAAGAAGCUGGACCAUGUGAAUGUGGUCAAACUGAUUGAGGUCCUGGACGACCCUGCUGAGGACAAUCUCUAUUUGGUGUUUGACCUUCUGAGAAAGGGGCCUGUCAUGGAAGUGCCCUGCGACAAACCCUUGUCUGAGGAGCAAGCUCGCCUCUACCUGCGGGACAUCAUCCUGGGCCUCGAGUACUUGCACUGCCAGAAGAUCAUCCACAGGGACAUCAAGCCGUCCAACCUGCUCCUGGGGGAUGACGGACAUGUGAAGAUCGCCGACUUUGGCGUCAGCAACCAGUUUGAGGGGAACGAUGCCCAGCUGUCCAGCACGGCAGGGACCCCUGCAUUCAUGGCUCCUGAGGCCAUUUCUGAUUCUGGCCAGAGCUUCAGUGGAAAGGCCUUGGAUGUGUGGGCCACUGGAGUCACGCUGUACUGUUUUGUCUAUGGGAAGUGUCCAUUCAUCGAUGAUUAUAUCCUGGCGCUGCACAGGAAGAUCAAGAAUGAGGCUGUGGUGUUUCCGGAGGAGCCAGAGGUCAGCGAGGAGCUCAAGGACCUAAUCCUGAAGAUGUUAGACAAGGAUCCCGAAACAAGAAUUGGGGUGUCAGAUAUCAAGUUGCACCCUUGGGUGACCAGGAAUGGGGAGGAGCCCCUUCCGUCAGAGGAGGAGCACUGCAGUGUGGUGGAGGUGACUGAGGAGGAGGUGAAGAACUCUGUCAAGCUCAUCCCCAGCUGGACCACGGUGAUCCUCGUCAAGUCCAUGCUGAGAAAGCGCUCCUUCGGGAACCCGUUCGAGCCCCAAGCACGCAGGGAAGAGCGAUCCAUGUCUGCUCCAGGAAACUUACUGAUGAAAGAAGGGUGUGGUGAAGGGGGCAAAAGCCCUGAGCUCCCUGGUGUCCAAGAAGAUGAGGCUGCAUCCUGAUUCUCUGCAUGUGCCCAGGGCCACCAGGCAGCACGUUCAUCCCACGCCUCCAGAGGCCCACCGCCCUCAUGCAACAGCUGCCCCUGCAGGCAGGGGGCUAGGGGCUGUAGCCCCUCUCCUGGUCCCCCUUCCCUACUGUACUGCAUGAUCUCUGCGUGGGCAUGUCCAGGGACAGAUUGGAAUGUGUGUCAUCUGGGGUUGGGGAUUGGGGGUAGGGCUCCUAGGGCACCUUCCUCUCAGUCCUAGCUCUAUGUGGCCUGACUCAGCUGUGGGGAAGCCAGGGGCCCACAGAACCUGACUGGUUGGCAUGGCCCAAGGCAGGGGGCAAGAGACUGAGCUGGCAGGUGGAACCUAGCUCAGCUGCUACACUAGAAGGAGAGUAUUGCCCACCUGGGUGAAGAGGUGCCAGAGAUAGUGUGUGCUCAGAGUGCUGUGGUACAGAGGCUCUGCCCUUGUGUGCCUCAGGGAGAGAGAGCAGUGAUGGAGAAUUCAGAUUCCCUUUAUGUUGUCUUUUGCUUUUAAUUCUAACCUGAGAAAUGGGGAAAACUGUACUAGGGAACAUCUAAGGAACCUCUCUUCAGCUUUCGGGGGUUCCCAACACACCCACCAUUAUUCAGCAGCCAGAUGGAGUGGAUUGACCUUCUUGGAUUGUUCUGUAUUUGGAACCAUCUGGAAAAAUGGGCUGAAUUGAAUCACACUGGGAGCACAGGCCUGAGCCUGAAGCAACACUUCCUCCUUACCUGCCUCCCUUCUUCCUUCAUGGCUCCGAAAGCCACACUAGGGCUGACACUGGCCAAGUGCUGUGGACUCAGGGCUGUGGCCUUGAGUUUUCUGAAACAACUGGAAUCCAAUCUCUGAUCCUCGCUGGCUUUCCUGUCACAUUCCUACAAUGAAGGAGAAACUGUUGGGCUCAGAGGCCAGGCUGGAUGAGGCACCUUGCAGGGCUACGCAGACUGGCACACAGCCUCCCUGUCUACCGCCUUGCGCCCAGGACCGGACAGUUGCCAGCCAGCAUGCCCAGAGCUGGAGCACGGGGACAUGUGUGUGGGCAGCACCUUCUGCAGUGGGCUUCUUAUCUCUCUGGGAUCAGUGAGUGCUGGCUGGCUUGAUGUUUACUAACCAGAUGCUCAAGGGUGGACCCCCGAAAGGGAAGUACAUAGCGCUCAGAUGCCACCCCUGAACACAUGGGCCACAAGGGCUUCAUACCGCAGGAGGGCUGGUCUGCUGAAGAAGGAGCUGCGUGGGCGGAGGGCCCAAGUCCUGCUGCAUCUCCGUGCCUGCAGGUGCACGUUGCACCCCCACGCACACGCAUGUGCGUACCCAUCUGCUGCACACAGCACACUCGCAUUUCUUGCACCAGUACAUGUAUCUGUAACAUAGUUUCUAUUAUCUAUUUAAUAGUAGGAGCAGACUGUGGCCUGUUGUCAAUGGGCCCACCCUUCUCCCCAACUCCUUUGCAUUAAGGCAGUCCUCAACCCAGGGCUUAAACAACAAUUCAAUAUUACCUUUAAGAACACUUUUAUAGAGGUAAAGGGACACAAGUUAAAAGCCAAUCACUGGCCAGCAAGCUUUCCUGAGCAUUUCCGUGCAGGUGCCUGCCUGUGAAGGCCAGGGCGUGUGGGGCUUUAUGGCUGGACCCAGCCUUGGAAAAAGUUCAGAGGUGAGCAGCUGGGCUUCACUGCCUGUGACAGCCUGGGAGGAGUGUCCAUCUCAUUACUGAGGGUUUGGUUGGCAUCAUUGUUUUUGAAUGUAGCAUAAAUGAUGAACAAGCUCCAUAAGAGUGUUUUAAAAAUUAACUUCCCAGGAAGUGAGUUAAAAAUAA